AUGGCCUUGCCCGCCUUCGUGCACACGGCGGCCGCCAGCAGCACCUGCCCCCGGGGGAGGGAGGGAGGGAGAGGCGAAGGCGGCGGCAAGCGGGAGAAGGCGUCGGCGUCGUCGGCCGAGGAGCGGCGUCGGAAGGUGGUGGGGGGCGUCGUCCUGGGCCCCGGCCCGCCCCUGCCCCCUCCGGCCCCCCUGGGCGCCCCGGCGCGGGGCGGGGGGGAGAAGAAGGCGGCGGCGGCGGCGUCCCGGGUGGCCUCCCAGCGCCGCUUCAGCGAGAACGACGUGGAGGACGAGGACGACGACGAGGACUCUUCCGAGACCGACUCGGAGGACGACGACGAGGACGAGGAGCACGGGGCCCCCCUCGAAGGGGCCUACAACCCGGCGGAGUACGACUGCCUGCCCGUCUCCCUGGAGAUCAAAGACCUCUUCCAGUACAUCCGGAGGUAUUCUCCACAGAUGAUCGACCUUGAGCACAAACUGAGGCCUUUCAUUCCAGACUUCAUCCCAGCAGUAGGAGACAUUGAUGCCUUCUUGAAGGUUCCCCGCCCGGAUGGGAAGCCAGAUAACCUGGGUUUGUUGGUGCUUGAUGAGCCAUCGACUAAGCAGUCAGACCCUACGGUGCUCUCCCUCUGGUUGACGGAAAACUCCAAGCAGCACAACGUGGCCCAGCAGAUAAAAGUGAAGAGCUUGGAGAACGCCGAGAAGAAUCCCAAGGCCAUCGACAGCUGGGUCGAGAGCAUCAGCGAGCUCCAUCGCUGCAAGCCUCCCGCCUCCGUCCACUAUGCCAGGCCCAUGCCUGACAUAGACUCGCUGAUGCAAGAGUGGUCCCCUGAGUUUGAAGAACUGCUCGGGAAGGUGAGCCUUCCAACAGCGGACAUCAGCUGUAGCCUUGCUGAAUACACGGACAUGAUCUGUGCUAUUCUGGACAUUCCUGUCUACAAGAGCCGCAUCCAGUCCUUGCACACCCUGUUCUCGCUCUACUCUGAAUUCAAGAACUCCCAGCACUUCAAGGCCCCGGCAGAGGGCAAGAAGGCAGCCAGCCCUCCCUCCAACUCUGCUUUGCCAACUGGAGAGACUGACCACCUGAGUUUCCCAUGUUCUCUGAGUGGGUGAUGGUAUUCCAGGCUCUUGCCCAGCAGCUCCCGCAGUCUGGAGGUCUUGACAUCUGACGGAGUGAGGGCAAAGCAAGCCGGUUCUGACCGUGGGACUGGAAUGCCGCCAACCAGCCCUGCUCUGUAUCGGAGAGGAGGAGGGAGCGCAAACC